GUAGCGAAAAGACUGAAAAAAAGUGCUAAAAAUAAAAAUAAAGUGUAUAGCGAUUAUCAAGAUCAAGGAAUAGACCAAAAGUCGAAGAAAGCUUAACAAUGGAGUCAAAGAUUCCCAGUAAGGAUCAAUUAUACAUAUUUGACUUGUCAGAGAAAGUAGUCAAGUCAUUGGAAUUACUUUACUUUGACUCCGAAACUCUGGAAGAAGUACAGUUAAAGACAGAUGGCAAACCAGAAGAAGUAUCUGUCAGCAAAACACCACAAUCAUCAAAGCCAAAAGAUGUCAAUUAUUAUAAAUCAGAUCUUCACAAGUAUAACUUAAAGAGAAAUGUUCUUGGAUUGCCCCCAUUAACAGAAGAUGAGUUUGAUGAAGUAUUGGAAAAACAAUCUAUCGAAAGUUUAUCUGGAUCAGAAAGUGAAGCCGAAGAAGAUGACGAAGAAGAAGAUGAAAAAGUUGACCAAAACGAACUCAAGUUGAAAGCAUUGAUUUCUAAAUUAAGUUUAAAUACAGAUUCUGAUGAACGUGGAUCUGUUAGCUAUUUGAAUACCAAAUCACCGUUCAUAUUAUUCAAAUCCAAUCUUUUAUCAUCAGAUUCAGCAUUUGGAGCAUACAAGUCAUUGUUUUCGAAUAGUGAAUUAUUAAAUAGUCCCUUAGAAGCAUUAAAAGGAUUUUCCAAACUUAAGGAAAAGAAAUCAGCUUUAUUUAUGAUUGGUGGUGGUCAUUUUGCAGGUGCUAUAAUAUCACAUAAACAGAAGAGCACCAAGGGAAACGCUCCAAAUAUGAAAGUAACUAAAGAAGAGCAAGCAGUUGAUAUACUAACAUCCAAAACAUUUCAUAGAUAUACCACAAGAAGAAAACAAGGUGGAGCACAAAGUGCAAAUGAUAACGCCAAGGGGAAAGCAAACUCUGCUGGGGCCGGUAUAAGAAGAUAUAAUGAGCAAGCAUUGAUAACAGAAAUCAGAGAAUUAUUACAAGAAUGGAAAAGCUACUUACUGGAAUGUAGCUCCAUAUAUAUCAGGGCCAAUGGUGCUGCAAAUAGAAAGAUAUUGGUUGGUUAUGAAGGGUCUGUAUUGCAAAAUGAUGAUGCAAGAAUAAAGAGUUUUCCAUUUACUACCAAAAGAGCAACGACUUCCGAGCUUAAACGUGCAUGGAUUGAGUUGACUUAUUUAAAGCCAGUAGAGCUUCCAAAAGUUAACGAGAAGUUGAAAAAGAAACUAGAAACUGAAAAGCUUCAAGUUCAACAAAGUGGUAAAGAUAAGCCGAAAACCCCAGAACCAUUAUCAAUUGAUGAAACACAUUCCAUAGAGAUAAUAAACCUAUUAAAAAAGCAAAAAGCGCCUAAGUUGUUAAGUUAUGUGAAGCAAAAUAAAAUAUCAGUGAAUGAAUUCAGACUCAAGCCCGAUUCAAAAUACAUUGCAACCCCUACUUUAUUACACUACGCUUCAGCUAAUUCAUUAAAUCACAUGGUUCAAAUCCUACUAGUUAAUUUGAAAGCAGACCCAACAUUAUUUAACCAGGUCAACAGAUAUCCUAUAGAAGUUGCCAGUGAUAUAACAACCAGAAACGUUUUUCAAAUUUGUAGACAAAAGCUUGGAGAGGAUUAUUGUGAUUGGGAUUCAGCUAAGGUAGGUCCACCUAAAUCAAAAGAAGAAUUUGAAAGUGAAGAAAAGGCUGAAGCUGAAAGAAUAAAAUCAGAGAAACAGCAAAGAAUUAAAGAAGAACUUGCUAGGAAAACUGAACUUGAGAUGAAAAAACCAUCAAUUGUUUCAAGCGGAAGCUUGGGUGGUUCUCGCGGAUUAAUUAAUGACUUAAAUUCUCUUUCUGAAGAUCAAAAGCUCAGAAUAAUGAGAGAACAAAGGGCUCGUGCUGCAGAAGCUAGGUUUAAGCAAUAAGUCUAGAUUAAACUUUAUAGAUCUA